AUGCACAGUAUUGUUUCUAGAGACGUGUUAUCCAGAAAUAAUGAACACUCCUUGGAGAGGAGUUCUAUCAAAAAAAAGGCUCUCAUCCGAUUGUCAAUUUUAUCAAUUUUUAAUAUUAUUUGUUGUUUGAUUUUUCUGAUUAUUGUUGGUUUGGCCACUCUAUUCCUCUAUGUUUACGCUUCAUCAACAAUUUUAGCCCGAAAUUCUAAAGAUGAUCCUUUACUUUCUGAUGUAAUAUCUUGUACAGUCAGGGAUUUGUCCGUGAAUUGUACUGAAUCUGAUUUGGAGGACUUACUUGUCACAAAAGAUAAAUGGAAAUUUUCUGAUUUUUUCGAUCACUUACAUUACUUAUCGGAUGAUGAAAGGGAUCACCUUGUAAUAGUUGAUGGUAUUACAGUGUCUACGGAUAAAUUGGAAUUCAAAUUAUGCAAAGCAUUGGUAAAUUAUUCAAGUGAUGGUGUCAGCCAAAGAAAUGAAAUUACAAUUGAUGAGUUUGUAGUUUCAUAUAAAACAGAUGAGAACUUUAAACCUUUACAAAGUGGCGACAUUUUAAAUAUUCACUUCCCUGGUAACGAAAAUUCAACAGCCAUACCAGCUCAAUAUCUCAUGUUUUCCAAAAUUAUGGAAACAAGAUCUUGCUACGUUAAUCCUCUUGAUAAGAGCGUUAUUGGAUUUUAUGAAAGAACAAUUGAUUUUUAUUAUCCAGGAAGAUCUCAAUUGACAAGUUUGGCAGGAUAUCUGGCAUUGGGUUUUUUGAUUGCAUCUGGUGCAAUUUUUGCAUUUUUCGUAAUUCCUUUAACUAUUGUUUCUAUUAAGAGGUGUUAUUCCUACAAGAGUGAUAUUGAGACAAUGGGCCAUAUGGAAAUGAAUGACCAAGAGGAAUCAGAUAGUGGGAGCCAAGUUUCUGAUGAUAUCAAUGACAGAAGAUACUUUUAUAGCAGCAGUAUUCAAAGUACCUUGAGAAAAUUAUCGGAAAAUGAAAAGGAACAAGUUAUUGAAAAAUUACUUUCCGAGACUGGCAGUAGCGCCUCUCUUAGAUCAAAUAAAGUGUUAGGUUUUGUCACACCAUGGAAUAGCAAUGGAUAUAAUGUUGCCAAAACACAUGAAAAAGUUAAAUUAAUUAGUCCUGUUUGGUUACAAAUUCGACCAUCCCAACAAAAACCAAACUCUCCAUUUCAAAUUACAGGAAUUCAAGAUGUGGACAUGAAUUGGAUUAAACAAGUGAAAAAACAAAAUAUUGGAGCCAAGAUUUUACCAAGAGUUCAAUUCGAUUAUUCCCAUUGGGGUCAAGAACAAGUUAGAUAUUUUUAUGGUCAACCAAAAUUCAACAAGAAUUUACAUCAGCCAAUUAUUGAUAAAAUAGGACAACUCAUAAGAGCCUACGACUUGGAUGGAAUUGUUGUAGAGGUUGGAUUUUUACCUAUGGAUCAAAUUAAACACAUUAUUGUAGAUUUUAUGAAAUCUUUAAGGGAAAAGGUAAACAGCUUGAACAAAAAGGGAGAAAUUCAUUUGGUUGUUCCAUCUCUUGUUCCCCCAACGAGAAAUGAACAAAAGUUUUCAGCAUUGUUCAGAGUUGAACAUUUAAUUGAAAUUGAACCAUAUGUUGAUGGAUUUUUAUUAAUGACCUAUGAUUAUUUCUCUCAUAUGAGCUCUAAGGACACUUCUCAAAAGUAUAUUUUCAAUGGUCCUCUUGAGGGAUUUAUUGACCAAACAGUUAAUUAUUUUACAUUGAGUGGCUCAAACACCAAUAUCGCUCAAAAGUUAUUUGUUGGCUUAAAUUUUUAUGGCAUUCAAAUUGAAAUGGAAAAUACCAAUUCUCUAUUAUCAGAUUUAAUUAAGGAUUCCACUGAAGAAGCUACAGUCCUCAUUUCAAAAUAUCUUACACCAAAACAAACUAAAUUGGAUCAUAUUCUUGGUUCCAAAUUGAAAGAAUUAUUGAAUAAUACACAAACACUUCAUAGUAUAAUUUGGGAUAGUGAGGCCAGAGAGCACAUUUUUGAGUUUGUACAACCUGAUAAAAUCACAUUGGUGGCCUACCCAACUCUUGAGUCCAUCAAGUCAAGAGUUGAUUUUGUAAAGGAGAAGAGAUUGGCAGGUGUGAUGAUUUGGGAAUUAGGCCAAGGAUUAGAAUCACUCUAUUCAGAAUUGUAG